GACUGUCCUCUGGCAUUAAAGUGGGGAUAGGUGUUGUUGUCUUCCUGCUGGUAGCUGGGAUGGGUGCUGUGGUUUACUAUUGCUACAACAAAUGUGCCAAAGCAAAAGAAAAAAAUGAUCAAACUCCUAUGGAACAAGCUAUUCCACUAAACAAUGGUCGAGUUCUUGGGGAAGAAGCUGAUAACCCAAAUAAUGUAGUUGAAGAAAUUGCUUAUCAGCAGAGAGAUUUACCAGAUGGUCAGGAAGAACGUGGUCCACUUAUUGACGGUCGAGUUCUUGGGGAAGAAGCUGAUAACCCAAACAAUGGUCAGGAAGAAUGUGAUCCACAGCAGGAUAUGUUUCAUUCCGAACCAGAUCAACUGAAGAAAAUAACAGUGAAGCAAGGAGAAACAGUCACUCUAAAGACUGGUGUUACUGACAUGCAGAGAGAUGAUCUGCUACGGUGGAAGUAUGCUGAUUCCAGAGUAUCUGAAUCCACAACCUUAUUUAGUGUCAUCGCCGUAUGCAAUAAAAGGACCGCUAGGAUCGCAGUAAAGGAAGGUCCUGGAGGGAAAUUCAAAGACAGACUACAGCUGGACCAUCAGACUGGAAAUCUCACGAUCAAGAACAUGAGAGUCAAAGACACUGGGCAUUUUAAACUAGAGAUCAAGAACAACAAACAUCAGCUGACAAAAACCAUCAAAGUCAAUGUCUGUGCUUCCACAAAAAAGCAAGGGGACGAUCCAAAUGAGACAAAUUUGUGCUUGAUACCAGAAGAGGACCCCAACAACACUAGUACAUAUACUGUGGAGCCGAUGGACACGGCCGAUGAGGCCACGGAUGAGGAGUUGUCCUAAAGUCAUAAUAGUCAUAAAUGGUGGGGAACAGCGACACAAGGUCACAUGACAAUGCCAAUAUGGUGGAUUUAGUAUAUACGGAUUGUAUACUACACGCAUGCAUACUCACAGAACAUACUUUUUAAAUGGUUGAGAAGGUGUUCGUCAAGUGCAGUAUGUAUUGUACAGCAUGCAAAAGCAGGCACACAUCAUGUGUUGAGGAGCUAAAGGUUUUCUUUUGAUUUGGCAUUAAUGGGACAACACACUUCUGAACUGCUAGAAUCAUUAAACCCUGAUUUUUUAAAUGUAAACGUUAUAGCUUUCAUUCUUUUACUCCAUGCAUGUUUUAUGUUGGCCGUUUGACUCCUCUUUUAUAUUUUAUAUUUAUACACAAGCU